AUGAUGCUAAACCAUCAAGCUUGUUGCUCAAGUUAUGAUUCUCAACCUCAUUCAGGCCACCUCCAGCCAAAGUCGACAUCCCUGCAUUCCCAGUCAAGCCUUUCAUCAAUUCCUUCCCUAACUUCACAACACAAAUAUCCUCCUACCAGCCAUCAAUAUCAAUGCAUAGCCACUCUUAGGAACCACAACUCCUACAUAUCCUCUCUUGCUCUUGCCGGGAAAUUCAUCUGCACCGGCUCUUCGGACAAAGAAAUUCGAUUGUGGGAGCGCAAUGCUUUAAGCUCCGAACCCAAUCAAGAAAAUCAAACUGAUAAAAUGGUAUUAGCUGGUAAGGGUGCCGUGAAAUCCCUCGUAGUUUUAGCUGAUAAAAUCUUCAGUGCUCACCAAGAUCAGAAAAUCCGAGUAUGGAAAAUUGAUGACCAUAAGUACUUCAUGCGCUUGGCCACACUCCCAACACUAAGUGACCGCGCCCACAAACUUCUAAUACCCAAUAACUAUGUGCAGGUCCGGCGCCACAAGAAAUGCACAUGGGUUCAUCACGUUGACGCAGUGUCAGCACUCGCCCUGUCAAAGGAUGAGUCCCUACUUUACUCCGUUUCAUGGGAUCGGACGCUCAAAAUUUGGAGGACAACGGACUUCAAAUGCUUGGAGUCAAUAAGGAACGCUCACGAUGAUGCAAUAAACGCGGUCGCAUUAUCUAGUGAUGGAGAUGUUUACACCGGAUCAGCUGACAAGAAAAUCAAGGCGUGGAGGAAAAGCUUAGGAGAAAAGAAGCAUUUUCUGGUUGCUACACUAGAGGAACAUAAAUCAGGGGUCAACGCGCUGGCAUUGAGCGCCGAUGAUUCUGUGUUGUACUCCGGUGCAUGUGACAGGUCGAUAGUGGUUUGGGAGAAAGAUGACAGUGGCAACAUGGUGGUCAUGGGUGCGCUUAGGGGACACACCAAGGCCAUAUUGUGCUUGGCUGUAGUGUCCAAUUUGGUAUGCAGUGGUUCAGCAGAUAAAACAGUUAGGAUUUGGGCAGGUGUGGAGAAAUGCUACUCUUGCUUGGCAGUUUUGGAGGGGCACAAAGGCCCAGUCAAGUGCUUGACGGCAGCAAGUGAUCGUUCCAAUCCGUCCGAUACAUCAUCUUCAUAUCUCAUCUACAGCAGCAGUUUGGACUGUGACCUCAAGGUCUGGCAGAUUUUGGUCCCUCUUCUUUAGAUGACUACUUCUUCUAGUUCUUCUUUUUGCAGUUUUGUGCAUAGGUUCACAAGAAGAAUUUAUAUUUCCAGAAAUUUCUUUUGGAGUGCUUUCAAUGUGAAUUUUCUUUUAAUUUCCUCAAUUGGGGUUGUAGUAGGGCUACUACUAUGCUAAUAACAUAGUUGGACAACUCUGACUGAUUUAUGUGA